AUGUCUGCUCGUGGACAGAGGAGUGCCAGCCAGAAGCCCAAGGCUCAAUCGCCUUUGGUAAAGUACUAUGUCGUGCUCUACAACACCGUUCUCUUCUUCGGCUGGUCCUACGUGCUGGUUCGCUUGGCCCAGUUCUUCCUGGAUGGCCACCACGUGGGCACCACUCAGGGCGUUCCCCUGUGGUCGUACCUCCGCGAUCCCCUGCUCCUCUUCCAGUCCGCCGCCCUCCUUGAGAUCGUCCACGCGAUCACCGGCGUGGUGCGCAGCCCGCUGAUGACCACGCUCAUGCAAGUGGCCUCGCGUCUGCUCCUGACCUGGGGUAUCGCCAACAUCGCCCCCAUCGCGCAGAACCACUACUUCCUCGCCUCCAUGGUCGCCGCGUGGGGCAUCACCGAGAUCAUCCGCUACUCGUACUACGCCUUCAACACCCUCAACGGUCAUGCGCCCUACUUCCUUCUGUGGCUCAGGUACACCUUGUUCUACGUCCUGUACCCUCUGGGCGUGGCCAGCGAGAUCGGCCUGAUCAUCGUGUCCCUCUCGUGGGUCCGCGAGACCGACGUCUUCUCCUUCCACAUGCCCAACAAGUGGAACUUCGCCUUCGACUAUCAUACCGUCCUCAUCAUCGCCAUCCUGAGCUACCUGCCCGGCUUCCCCACGCUCUUCAUGCACAUGGUCACCCAGAGGAAGAAGUGCCUCGGCACUCCCGCCCCGACCAAGAAGCACUAA